AUGCCGCGCGAUGAUUCAGACUCCGAUUCGGGCAGCUCGGUGGGGAGCAUCGUCGAAGAGAGAAGCGAGGCCGACGAGACGACCUUCAAGUGCCUGUUUUGCGACCAGCAAUUUGCCAGGGUGCAGGACAUGUCCUCGCAUUGCGCGUCCGAGCACGGAUUCGAUCUGAGCGAGACAGUCAAGAGUCUCGGUCCAAAGGCGGACGAGAUUGAUAUCAUCAAGCUGGUGAACUGCCUGCGAUCAGAGGCGCAGAAGGGAGCGGAUCCCAAGAGCAUCAAGAUUACAUUGGACGACUUGAGCGACAAGUACCUCCAGCCUGUACUGGAGGAUGAUGCACUGCUUUUCGAACUCGGAGACCUCAUGCCAGACAGCGAGACCAAGGCUGUGGACUACGAUGAGUUUGAGGCCAAGCUGCAGAAAGACAUGCCCGAGGACUUCUCUAGACUCCAGGUUACCAGUGACAGGGAUGAGGACUACUUUGAGUCGUACAAGGGUAACAGCAUUCACCGCGAGAUGAUCGAGGACCGCGUACGGACCGAAGGCUACCGCGACUUCAUCGAGAAGAACGUCGACGUCUUCAAAGACAAGGUCGUCCUCGAUGUCGGCUGCGGCACGGGCAUCCUCUCCCUCUUCUGCGCGCGCGCAGGCGCAAAGAAAGUCUUCGCCGUCGACAACUCGCAAAUCGCGGUGCGGGCCAAGGAGAACGUCGAGAAGAACGGCUACGCCGACCGCAUCCAGGUGAUCCAGGGCCGCAUCGAGGACUUCAACACGCAGCGCCAGAUCGGCAAGGACAAGGUCGACAUCAUCAUCUCCGAGUGGAUGGGCUACGGGCUGCUCUUCGAAGGCAUGCUCGACUCGGUGCUGCGCGCGCGCGACAUGUAUCUCAAACCGGACGGCCUGCUGGUACCCAGCCACUGCAACAUCCGCCUCGCGCCCAUCAGCGACGCAGCCUGGAUCGCCGAGGCAACCGGCGCCACCUUCUGGAAGGACGUGUACGGCUUCGACUUCUCGUCCAUGAUCCCCGGCGGGCCGCUCAACACGCGAGAAAUCGGCGUCUUCGACGUGCCCCCGCCAGCGCUCUGCGGGUCCGCAAACGCCCACCUCCUCGAGAUGAAGCGCGCGUCCGUGGGCGACCUGAGCUUCACCGUGCCCCUGCGCAUGACGCUAGACCGCGACAUCGCCUCGCUGCACGCCAUCGCCCUAUGGUUCGAUACCAUCUUCCUCCACGGCGGCAGCGCGCAGGACAUCGAGACCAUCGACGCCGUCGACUGGCAGCAGAAUGGCAUCCCCGGCUUGGGCUUCUCCACGGGCCCCGCUACUACGCCCACGCACUGGCAUCAGGCUGUGUUGCUGCUGGACGACGAGGUGGCGGAGAGGCAGUCGUUCAAGAAGGGGGAUGUGCUGGAGGGGUCGCUGCAGUAUGCCAAGGAGAAGGGGGAUGAUAGGGGGAUCACGGUGACGGUGCAGUGGAAGGGUAAAGGGGAGCGUGGCGAGGUGGAGGGGAAGGUGGUCAGGUCCAUGGCGUAG